CCAGUUAUCAUCCAAUUCUCCAAAAAGUGAACACUUACACUUGUGUAGAAUGAGAAAUCAAUUGAACUCUUUAAAAAAUGUGCCGUUUAUUCAUAUAAUUUACCAGCAAUAACUGUAAAACCAGCGAAACGGGAUUAUUAGUUUGCAAAACAAGGCCAAUGUCAAUGGUCAAUUCAUAAGAUGUCGUAAACUGUUCUUUUAUUAAAAAACAUUGCAUUUGGUUGUUGAUUUAGAUGAUGCACAGCGCGAAGAACGUGUGCCGGACUUGUAUGGACGAGACCGGCACCCUGGUAGAUAUAUUCGCCAAUGUAAGGGAUCCUGUGCUCGACGAACCGGAGAUGAGCCUCUCGCACAUCCUGGCCAGGUGUACCGAACGUCCAGUGAAACGCGGCGACCUGCUGCCGCAGUUCAUAUGCGUUUCCUGCGUCCUGGCCGUGCAGAAUGCUUUCCGGUUCAAGUGGCAAAGCGAGCAGAGCUACCAGCACUUCUUCCGCGUCCUAAACCAGUCGGGUGCUCCGGAAAACCAAGUGCACUUAGCUGCAUGUAAUGGGGAUAAGAACCAGAUAAUAAACCAGAAAAUGCAGCUCAAAAGCGAUCGUCAACAGGAUACGCAGCAAAUGACAAAAACGCAGAAACCAGAUGAUGAUCUUAGUCAAAAACAAACACUCCAAGCGAAGCUCCAAGAGGGAAAUAUUGAUGGCCCACCGGAGUCCUUCACCCUGCAUCCUCGUAAGCGGACUUGUCGCACAGAAGAACAGGCAGACAUGAUCCCAAAGGAAGCUACAAGAAGUACCAAAAUGAUCUGCGAUGCCGAUGGCUACUACAACUGCCCGCACUGUUCUAAGCGAUUUUGUUCCCAGACCCAGUUAAGGACCCACAUCACCGAUCUGUGCAACAGGUGUCCCUACUGCCCACGCACUUAUAUGCAAAAAUCGAACCUCAAGCGGCAUUUGCGAAACCACCUAAGCAAGCCAGCGCACAAGUGUUUCCACUGCUCGAAGGCUUUCAUGCGUAAAGAUCACCUUAAAAGGCACCUGCGCACCCACGACAGUGACGGUCCGCUCUCCUGCAGCCAGUGCUCAGCGGUAUUUAUCGAACACGUUCAGCUGGAAAUCCAUCGCAGAGAGCACAAACAAAGGCCGGGCUCUUCAAAAUCGGAGUCCACGAAGGAUCCUGACUCGGACGACAGCGAUCAAGCGCAGGAUCUAAAACCAAAGUGGACUAAGAACACCUUCAAUGGCACGUGCAGCAUUCCACCUAUGCUAAAGCCGUGAGUUUGGAACUCCACCAGUCUUAUGUAAUAUAGUUAUACCUGAUAGUUAUACUUAUACCCUAGUACCGCUGAGAAAUUUGUGACGAGCGAAGGAAACCGAUAUGCGAUAUUUGCCAAAAGAAGUUCAGUAGUGUCUACGCCUUGAAGCGGCAUAUGCUUACUCACAAUCGCCAACAUCAUCUUAAAAAAUGUACCUAUUGUUCCGAGGAGUUCAAAACAGAAAAACAUCUCAAAAGGCACGAGCGUGGUCACAUGGGAGAUCUGUUUCGUUGCGAAUUUUGCUCAUUGGUAUUUGUAGAUGUUAACUACUUGCGAAAGCACAAAAAACGCAUUCACAGCAACAACGUAAUAGCGAUGUAGGAGAAGAUCAUGUCCAAACGGGUGACUACCGGUUAUACUCUUGGAAAACAACCAUUGAAUUAAGCAGAUUAAUAUAUGUGAAAGGAAUAUAAACGAUUUAUUAUUCAUUAUAAUUAUAAUGACCGCAGGUCUAAACUUCUGUUGUUGAUUCUUACUUUGAAUUUUCUUAAAUAUGAUUCUUUUGUUACUUUCAUAAGCUCAAAAUUAAUAUUAUUUAAGUUUCGUUUUAAUUAUAUAUUUCACAGAAACUCAAAUAUACUGAGAAUAAGCUCUAAAUUUAUAUUAUUGAAAUUUCCUUUUAAUUGUAUAUUUCACAAUACAUUAUUAUACUGAAAAUAAUUAAACAAUCGAUUGAUUGCUACCACAUGCU